AUGCUCCUGGUACUGGAGAGCUUUGCAGCUUUCCCCAGAACAGCUUUACCCUUUCAAUCCCUUCCCCUUGCAGGUGUCCACUGGUUAAUCAUGUCCUUCUGGCUGGUGGCCCAGCAGACGGACAUCGUGGCCCAGCCCUGCCGCUGGAGGCUGUUCAAUUGCCUGGUGGGAGCCGUCUACAUCUUCUGCUACAUUAAUGUCCGGCCUGGUCCCUCCAAGCACAGGGUGGCCGUGUUCUAUGCAAUAAUGCUGAUGGAAAAUACCCUCCUGCUGCUGCUGGCCACCCAGUUCCUGCAGGCAGAGCUGAGGAACAGCCUGGCCGUGACCGGGGCCGUCAUGUCGGGGUCUGUAAUAGGUGCCGCAGCUCUGGUGGUUUAUUACACCCUGCUCCAUCCCAAAUCCACGGAGAUCUGGCAGAGCUGCCUGGAGACAACCUGCAGUGCCAUGCCUGCUGGCGAUGAUGAGGUGGCUGGAGACAGCUCCCAAGUGGGGCAGAGUUUGGGAAUUUCGGGAGAUGGAGAGUCCUCGGCAAGAGAAAGGACCACGGCAGAUCCCAAAACCGGCAACAGCUCAUCGCUCCUGCAGUUCAAAGGGUGUUUGGAGGAUGGCUGGACAAACCAUCACCACUGGCUGCUGGUGAAACUGGCCUUAAAGACAGGAGAUCUGUCCAUAAUCAACGCAGCUUUUGGAGAUGGUGGUGUGGGAGAGGUUUACCCUGGAGGAUGGGUGAUGGGGAAACCCACCGGCAUUGAAUGUGGGACGAAACUUUCCCUCCCCACAUGGGAAACUGGUCCUCAGGGUGUUGGAUCUGGUCCGACUGAUGAGAAAUUGCAAGUGGCAGGGAACGGAGGAGGUGGCAAACCCAACGCCGGUGUGGCAAGAACGGGACAGGAGGAUAGAGCAGGGCAGGAGCCUGGUUUUCCAGCUGGAUCCUUUCCCAGCAGUUUCUCCACGGAUCCAGCUGAAGGCUCCUCUGUGUAUUUCAGCGUGAGAAGCAUCGCCUCUCCCAGCGUGGGGACACCCACAGCCCCGUUGCAAAGGGAUGGCGAAGCCCAACCUCCCCCAGGCUGCCUGGGAGGAGGAGGAGGAGGAGGAGGGGAUUCAUCCCUUGGGAUGGUGAACAUCAGCCCCAUCCUGGGUUCUUGUGCCCACAAACAUCUGCAGAGCAGCUCUUCCCUCUGCAGCACUAGUGGCUGUGGGGUGGGGGGUCCCCCCAAAGAGGUCUCGGAGCCUGUGGAGGUGGAAGGUGCCCUUGGGGGGUGGCAUCACCUUCGGGACACCCACCUUGGUGAUACACAAGGAAGUGGCGUGAGGAGCAAGCUGAGGCCACCAUGCUUCACCUCCACCCCCAAGGCUGACUCUAAAUGUUCCCAGUGA